AGAAAAAAAGAAGCGAUUUGCAAAACCACCCGAGUCUUGCUUUUCCCCGAGGGAGAAGCCCAGCAAGCCAAAUUUUACAAGCAUUCGGAGAAAAUAAAAUGAUGCUAAUGACCAUCCCAGCAUCAUCAUCUUCACCACCGCCCCUUUUAUCACCAUCAUCGUCAUACACAAACCCAUUGUUGCCUGUUUUCACAAGCACCGUAGCUGCUGCUGUGUUGUUACCUACAAGCCAUGCUACCCCGACCACCACUUAUUCAAAUUUCAAGAGAGUGAAAAUUGAAGGACAAACAACAAGAGGAAGAAGAAGGAGAAGGCGGGGUGUGUCGUCGUCGGACAAUCAGACGGUGGUCGAAGCGCCAGCAGCAACCACAUCAUCAUCAUCAGCUGCCGUUGAAUCUCCGUCGUUGGAAGUUGUGAGGAACUUCUAUGGGGGAAUCAACGGCCACGAUCUCGCCUCCGUGGAGGACCUCAUUGCCCACGAUUGCGUCUACGAAGACCUUAUCUUCUCUCGACCAUUCGUUGGUCGUAAGGCAAUCCUAGAGUUCUUCCAGAAGUUCAUCGAUUCAAUCAGCAUGGAUCUGCAAUUUGUCAUUGAUGACAUAUCACAUGAGGAUACCUCAGCUCUUGGCGUUACUUGGCACUUGGAGUGGAAGGGAAAGCCUUUUCCGUUUAGCAAAGGGUGCAGCUUUUACAGGCUGGAGGUGGUAAAUGGCAAGAGGCAAAUAAUUUAUGGGCGAGACUGCGUGGAACCUGCUAUCAAGCCUGGGGAGAUGGCUUUGGUUGCUAUCAGAGGCGUCACAUGGCUGCUGCAACGAUUUCCACAGCUAGCGGAUCAGCUGUGACCGAAACACUUCGAUUUGACUUUAAAUUACUUCCAAAUAUUAUACUUUGCAUCAGCGUAUAGUCUCUCCACGGUGCUCUCACAAACAGAUGAGAAGGUAUGAGAAAAAAAGAACAAAAGUAAUUACUUCGAUAUUGUAAAGGUUGUAGUUGUAAAUAUGCUCUUUUACUAGAGAGGCUAGAGGGUAUUGAGCUAAUGGCAAUCACUUUGGCAUCUCUUGUAGCACUUUAUUUUUUUGGCAUCCCUUUUAAGAUUGGAUAAAAUUGGAGUGUAAUACCGGAUACAUUUAAGCAUAUACUAUUGUUACCAGGGUAUUGACCCCUUUUUAGUAUGCCAGUAAAUAAA